AGAAGCUAAGAUUUUUUUUUCUCCAAAUAAUCCCCAGUUUCUUCAAUUUCGCUUUUUUGUUCACUUCAAUUUUGGGGAUUCCUCGGUUCCUUCUGCCAUGGAUUUUGCAACCUCCGCUGGCCGCAGCACCUCCGACUAUGAUAUCACUCAGACGGAGGAAGAUCAAUUGGCUUGUGCUAGCGAGGACCGUGAAACGAAUUGUUGGGGUUGUGGGCUUCGUGUUAGUGUUGCUGCUUAUGCAUCAGUUUUUAAAUGUGGCUGGUGUGGAGCUAUAACUAAGGAACAUGUGGUGAAAAAUGAUAGCAUCCGAUUGAGACGUUGGCGCGACCGUUGUUUUGUUACUGUCGUCAUUUCAUUUAUGCUGUUCUUUAUUUGUGCUGGCGUUUGGGCUGUAUACCCUGUCAUAUUCGCCAUUAGUUACUUCCAUGGUGUUUUCCACCUGGCAAUUACAGUGAUAUUGUCGAUAUGUACUUUAUCUUCAUUUUUCCUUUCGGCAUUUCAACCUGCUGGUGUUCCACCGAUUAUAAUCUGGGGUAGCUAUCCAGCAGUGGGACAAGGUGGACUUCAGAACUACGCGUUCUGCCAUUAUUGUUCAAAGCCAAAAUCACCUCUAGUGCAUCAUUGUCGUUCAUGUGGGACGUGUGUAUUGGGCAUGGAUCAUCAUUGCCCUUUUAUUGGCAAUUGUGUUGGUUCCGCAAAUCAUCGGUCUUUUAUUCUCUUUCUUUUAUCAACAGUCAUAAGUACAAUGUAUGUUGUCAUUAUGACUUUUUAUUCUGCACUUCAGAUCUGGCCGCCUGUAGAGCAUAAUAGAUCUCUAAGCAGAUUGAGUGGGUUUGCUAGCCCUGAGUUUAAUUUUGGAGUCUUAAAGGGCAAUAUUCUGGCCUUCUUUAGAUCAGCGGUGUUUAUAUCUGCAAGAGGAGUUGUUCUUGUUUAUCUAUUUAUUGCUAGUUUCUCAGUGGGAACUGGUUUGAGUGUGCUUUUGUGGCAGCAGCUUAAUUUCAUAUAUGUUGGAAAGACUUACUUGAGUCAUCUAAUUUCAGUUGACAAUGAAGAAGUAACGGAAAGAGAUUGCCAAAAUCUUAUACGAUUUUUUGGUUUUCCGUCCAAGGCAACAGAAUAUUUGCCAAGUUAUUGGAAGUCGAGGAAAGCUCACGAGAAGUGAGGUCGAGAGGUAGGCAUUUUCCUUAGCAUCAAUUAUCUUGAUUUUUCAAAUGAGUUGACUUUACUUUGACUAAUAGAUACAUUCCAUGUUUUCAUUCCGGACCAUCUAUGAUGUAAGAUCCGGAUUCAGCUAUAUAUUUAUAUGCCUUAAAAAUCAGCAAUGCUUUAUAUAUCUGUUUUUUUGUAUAUAUUUAUGUCAAUGCUUGCCCACAAUGUUCUUGUAAGAAAGCUAGUUCCCUAAUUAUUCGGCUUAUGUAGUCUCUGGUAUACUUUCUAUAGGUAGGAGAGAUUGAUUGAACCUGUUCCCUGAUUCAUUUCUUAUGUUUGCUAUCUCACCCAAGACUUAUUAGAUAUGUAAAUAUCCAACUGGCGCCCAAGAACUGCGUGUGAGUCUGGGCAAUGAUGUGGCUAGGAAUGGUAAAAUCUCGUGUCUGGUCGUCUUACCUGUUGCCUCAAGUGCCUGCUUAUGCGAAUGGUCUAAGGCUCGUAACUACAGGUUACUGAGUAGUGCAUCAAAUAGAUACAAGCUUAAUUGGCUUUGGAAGGGUCUGUUUUUUUCCCUCUUAUUAUCAGCCAACGUCCAUUUUUAUUUUACUUUUGUGAUAAGAUGCCAAAGAGGUCACUGGAAAAUGGUGAAGUAGAUUUGAGGCGAGGUGUUCCGGUGUAGAUGUGUUGUGCAUAUUGGAGCACUGCAUAUUUUUAUCUGAGUGGGAAAGAGCAUUGUACACUUACUAACAAACACAACUAAAUUACGAGGAGUUAUCUCUUAUGUUAUUUUCCAUUCCUCUGUACCUGGAGUCUGCAGUGAAGUGUAAAUUGUAAUGAGGUUAGGUUGAACUUGCUAAUUGGUCGAUGGAUUUUCAAUUUUUUUUUACCAUUUUCUCUCUCUAUAUAUA